AGUAAUUCCUCACCAACUGUAUCAGUCAAAUUAAAAAAACAAACAGACUGGGUUUUUUUUCAUGGAAGCAACACAAUGGAUUGGAUAAUUUGUGUUACACUAUUUUCAUCUGUGUUAAAUGCUGCACUUUGUUUCAAUAUCGAUCCCGUGGCUUGGAAGACCCUGAGUAACUCUGCUGCUGGUUUUGGCUACCAGGUGAUUCAAAGACAAUCAGAUGUGCUCGUCAGUGCCCCAGUAGAACAAUAUUCACAAAAUCGAAGGGGGAAAAUUUAUAGCUGCACCACCUCUCCCCGAAACUGCCAAAAUAUCCCGUUUGAAGCACCAGAUUUUGCAGUCAACAUGUCGCUUGGUCUGACAAUGAAAAGUGAUCCCACAACACAAAACACUGUGGUCUGUGGUCCAACCAUCCCAAAGGACUGCAAAAGUAUCACCAUGUACAACGGUGUGUGCUUCCAGAUGGACCGUUCUAAUAUAUUUGGACUACCCAUACCUUCUUCUCUUCAAGCAUGCCCGCCGCAAGUAGACAUUGCUUUUCUGUUGGAUGGUUCAGGCAGCAUAUCUACUACAGACUUUCAAACAAUGAAGACAUUUGUGAAAACGCUAAUUCAGUCAUUUCUCUCAAAUGAUGCACAGUUUUCUGUUUCCCAGUUCUCCACGUUCCCUCUAAUUCAUUUUUAUUUUAAGAAAUUUACCUCAUCUGGACCAUGGAUUGACAUAGAUGGAAUUAGUCAGCUGGGGGGAGCUACUUACACAGCUAAGGCCAUCAGACAUGUUGUGAACUAUGUUUUCAUACCAGGUUCUAGACCAAAUGUAAAGAAGGUCUUGAUAGUAAUUACUGAUGGACAAUCUCAUGAUCGUUAUGAUCUGGGAGGUGCAGCACAGCUAGCAGAGAGUAAAAACAUUGUUCGAUUUGCUAUUGGGGUGGGGAGUGCAUUUACUAACAGUGCAGCAAAACAAGAACUGGACACCAUUGCAUCUUCUCCCUCAGUCAAAUACGUGUUUCAAGUGCAGAACUUCAACGCACUUGAAUUAAUAAGACAGAGUCUGCAGGACAAAAUCUUCUCCAUUGAAGGAUCUCAAAGCAGUGGAGAGUCACUGACAAUGGAAAUGUCUCAAGAGGGAUUCAGUGCAGUUUAUGUGCCCGAGGGAAUUCAGAUGUCUAUUGUUGGUGCAAACCAGUGGAAGGGAGGCUACGUGCAAUACACAACAGGAGGCCAGAAGCUCAAAACAUAUGAGGACGUGUCUUUGGAGCCUGACAGUUAUCUUGGUUACUCCAUGGCAACUGCUAAAACCCGAAGUGGCUCACUAACAAUUGUUGGUGCUCCAAGAUACAAACACAGAGGAGUUGUGGUCGCUGUUAACAGACAAAGCUUUGAAAACCAAAAGAUCGAGCCCUUUUCAUCACAGUAUCAGACUGGUGAAUAUUUCGGGGCAGAGGUGUGUACCAUGGACACAAAUAAUGAUGACAUCACUGAUCUGAUCUUCAUAUCAGCCCCAAUGUACACGGAGCCUGAUAGAGAGGGAAGAGUUUAUGUUUGCAGACUAACUGGUUUGUUUGUAGAGUGUAAUUUUGAUGAUCCGUUAGUACUAAGAGGACAUUUAGCUGUCAAAGGAAGGUUCGGCUCUUCUCUUGCUGUGCUGCCUGAUCUAAACUCAGAUGGAUUCAGGGAUUUGGCAGUUGGAGCACCUUUGGAGAAUAAUGGUGAAGGCAGCAUCUACAUAUUCCACAGUGAAGGAGGACGAAUCAGUCCUACUUACUCACAGAGAAUUACUGGCUCUGAGGUCCAGUCAGGACUGAAGUUCUUUGGAGUGACAAUCAGUCAGUCGUCUUUUGAUCAGAGUGGUGAUAAACUACCUGACUUAGCGGUGGGUUCAAAGGGCACGGUUGUCUUACUGAGAUCAAGGCCUGUAGUAAUGGUUAAAGCUGAGGUGUCUUUCAGCCCAAACGAAAUCCGUAUUCAGAAUACAACCUGCUCAAAACCACUGGAGAACACAGCUACAGUCUGCUUUACCAUGAGCAGAGUGUCUACAGUUGAUCGAGCUCAAGCUAGAAUUAAUUAUACUUUUACACUCGAUGCUACUCGCAAACCUCCAAACAACCGAGCUUACAUCAGUGGGAAACAACGAGAGGAGUCUCGAUCGGUCAUUGUUGACUUAAGUACACCAAACUGUUCAACUGUAAACUUCUUUAUUGAGGCCUGCCCAGACGAUGCUCUCAAUCAACUUUCCAAUGAGCUCAAAUUCACAUUUGACGGUUUUCCUUCCAACACAAAUCUCAGACCAAGCCUUGCUCAGCAGGCUCAAACAACAAUAAUUUAUCCUUUAGGGUUUGAGAUCAACUGCGGCACUGACAACAAAUGUGUUGAUGACCUAAAAGUGGACUUCAACUUCACCAGAUCCUCAGAGGUUAAAGUGGGCAUUGAUGAGCUUUUGAAUGUCACAGUCACAGUGGAGAACAGAGGAGAAAACUCCUACAACAGUCGCGUUAUUCUCACGUACCCAGCUGGACUCUCCUACAGGAAGUUCACCAUUCAGCAGGGAAGAAUUGAGUGCAAAUCCUUGGACAGUGAAGAUGGUUUAUCCCGAGGAAGGACAGACUGUACUAUUGACAAGCCAAUUUUCAAGAGCAAAACUGAGGCUUUCUUCAUUGUCUCCUAUGGGAUUGACACCAACAGUCGACUUGCGAGAAAGAUCUUUGUCACUGCAAAUGCCACCAGUGGAAAUCAAGAGAACACUACUACGAGUGAAAGCUACGAAAUGAAAGAGAUUGCUGUGAAAUACAGCAUUUCCAUGACAUUUGAAAACACCCUCAGCUACAGCAAUUUUACUUUUGGGAUAAAUAAUUUGCAGAAACCGGUUCGACAAUCAGUCACGGUAACAAAUUAUAUCAGAGCGCUUAAUUUCACUGUGGUGAUCAAGGUUCCAGUGAAGCUUGAUGAAAAAGAGAUUUGGGUGAAUUUGAGCAGCCUACAGAUUGCAGACUGUCAAAGAGGAAAUGAUGAAGCACCAAAUGUCACAGAUUCUGUUCCAAAGAUACAAAAGAAUAAAGUGGUGGACUGCUCUGUAGCCAUGUGCAGAGUGUUCAAGUGCAACACCUUCAUGGGAAGACUGCAGAGUAGGACAUACGAAAUCUCUGCCAACCUCAGUUCAGGAUGGAUAGAGCAGAUUGGACUUCAAUCUGCUAAAUUCCUCUUGACCAGUACAGCCACUGUGGAGUAUGACAAAGAACAAUACAUCUACUUUUCAACAGGGUCUUACAACAAUCCUCCUGUUCGCAAGAUUGUAGCAGAGGUAGAAGUUUACCCUAAGCCAGAUUUCACUAAAGCGAUCAUUGGAGGAUGCUUGGGAGGGUUGGCUAUUCUGGCUUUACUCACUGCUGGCCUGUAUAAGGCUGGGUUUUUCAAGAGCAAAUACAAACAGAUGAUGAACGACAGUACAGAAGAUGGUCCAGGGAAUGAUGCAAGUGCACUCACAGCAGAAUAAGAAAAUCAUAUUUGUAGUUGUACAUUUACUCUAUAUGAAAAAUUUAAGGCCCAGUGUGUGUAGCAAUGUCCAUACUACCACAUUUGAUUGAGUCAACAAAAGAUAGCUUGCUGUGUUUGAAAUUACUCCUUUGCUUGCUCAUUUACUAUUAUCUAAUAUAGAGGCUCCUAGCUGUGUCCUUCCACUACCUUCAGAAGCAGAAAACUGCUGAAAUUAAAUCAUCCGAGCAGAAAAAUACAACUGUCAAUCAAUGCCUUAAACUUUAGACACCCGAGGACAAAGGAGACACAAAGUCUGCAUUCUCAAAUGAAUUAGAUGAGAUUAAAUUUAGUCUGUGAAAGUCCUGUGAUGGAUUAUGGUUGGAAGUGUCUUUUCAGGGUGACUUUUUCUUUGGUGAAGAAUUUUACUCUCUAAUCUGAUCAACAAUAAAAUAUGUGUUGUCA